AGCUGCCGGCGGCUCCGGCAGCUUUGCGCGCCGGCAGCUUUGCUCCCUGUUCGGUGCUCGGGGCCUACUGUGUCGCCACGGGCACAGCGCCGCUCACACCAUGGCUUGGGUCUUGUUUACGCCACAGCCUCUUGAGAGACGUGGGUCCUCGGAGCAUCUUUAGUGCCGGAGCUCGGGCUGCAGGCAGCUCCGCGGCGGCGGAAGAACAGAACUUCUGGAAUGGAUGGAUUCUUCCGGAGCAGCUUUGCUAAUUUGCAGCAGCUGGACAGUGUUCCUCGUUAAUAUCUGUCUGUCAGCCUAAUCGUCACAUCAUUUCACCCUGGUGGCAGGGACUCAGCUCCGAAUUCUGUAUAGAAAAAGCACCUGGAUUGCGGUCUUACAAUGGCUUCGAGACAACCAGAAGUACCUGGGGAGGUGGGAAAGACAGGAUUUGCCACCGCUGGCCUCCAUUUCCUCAUCUAUGAAAUGGGAACAAGAUUUCAUAUCCUCAGUGCUGCCUGAGCUGAGAGUCUGGGCACUGCCACAGGGGCAGCUUCCAGGACACAAAGAACACAAGCCCUGAAGUCAGAUAGGUUUGGGCUUCGGCCCCUCGCUGCACGGUGAAGUUGUGUGACCUGCUCAGCUCUUGAGCCUAGUGGGCCUCUAGGCAAGAUGUCCCUGCCCAUCGGGAUGUACCGCCGGGCAUUCAGCUAUGAUGAUGCCCUUGAGGACCCUGCGCCCAUGACUCCUCCUCCAUCGGACAUGGGCAGCAUCCCCUGGAAGCCGGUGAUUCCAGAGCGCAAGUAUCAGCACCUUGCCGAGGUGGAGGAAGGAGAGGCCAGCGUCUCCUCCCUUGCUGUGCCCCAGCCAUCGGCCACCGACAGCACGGACAAGGUCCCCGUGGUGAAGGCUAGAGCUACCCGUGUCAUCAUGAGCUCUCUGAUCACAAAACAGACCCAGGAGAGCAUUCACCGUUUUGAGCAACAGGCAGGGCUGAGAGAUGCUGGCUACACACCCCACAAGGGCCUUACCACCGAGGAGACCAAGUACCUUCGAGUGGCAGAAGCACUCCACAAGCUGAAGCUGCAGAGCGGAGAGAUGACAAGAGAGGAGAAGCAGCCGGCCUCAGCCCCGUCCACUCCCAGCAGUAGCCCCCACUCCUCCCCCAAGCAGAAGCCCAGAGGCUGGUUCACUUCCGGUUCCUCCACAGCCUUACCUGGCCCCAGUCUUAGCACCAUGGAUUCUGGAAGUGGGGAUAGAGAGAGAAGCUCGGCAGAUAAAUGGAGCCUUUUUGGACCAAGAUCCCUCCAGAAGUCUGAUUCGGGAGGUUUUGCCACCCAGGCCUACCGAGGCGCCCAGAAGCCCUCUCCCGUGGAGCUGAUGCGCGUGCAGGCCACGCGCAUGGCUGAGGACCCAGCAACAUUCAGGCCGCCCAAGAUGGACAUCCCGGUGACAGACGGGAAGAGACAGCUGCCGCGGACCCACGACCUCAAAGCCCGCGACUUGAAUGUUCUCACACCCACUGGCUUUUAGAGCGCUUUCCGUCCCGGGGACUCUGGACAGAGGGUGCCCUGUGCCCAGCUCCCCUUUAACUUGGCUCUGACAUAGGAAAGGUUUUCUUGUUUUUGUUUUUGUUUUUCCAGAUCUCUUAAACUGAGGCUAGAGCUGGAGACAUAAUUGGUUUUUGAGAAACAUCAGUGCAAAUCUUGUCCUUGUGUGGAAGAAGCCAUUGUGCGUCGCUUUAAUUGAGACUCAGUAAACUCAGCAGUGAUGUGUGGGGGGCCUCACGCCCUGUUUGUACCCUUUCCCUGCACAAGAACUCGGCUCGUUGCUGACUAGGUAGAUAACGUUUGUGUUGUUCUAGAACCAAGGCUUUUUGAUUCCUUUCCCGCCGUCCACGUGAGCCCUGGCCGAUCACGGAGCAGAGGUGCUCACUGACCAGCGCUGGCCCUCGUGGCUGUGCUCCAGCCUUGUCAGGUGGGGGCCCUCCGAUCUGCCUGAGGUCCGAGUGCGGUUAAGAGCCAGGCCUGGCAGGGAGCUGCUCCUCUGGGCGGAAGCCGGGGUCUCCUGGCUUUUCGGUUGGCCUAGUGGAUCGCUUGUUCCGCAGCCACUUCCUCCUGUGUGUGGCGCCUCCCGGGCCGGCGCUGUUGGGGGCAUGCUUCUCUCUCAUGUGUCACAGAACAAACACUAGUCUGACAGACCCUUUGUUGCACUUUAAAGUGACAUUAAUUUAACUCCAUUGGUUGAAAACUUCUGAAGGGAGCAGAUUCAGCCUGCUGGUGUGGUGUAGACAAACGGACGUUCAGCUUCCUUAAAGAAGGCGGCAGCUGCAGCUGGAGUGUAGUCUUGAGGUUCACGUGUAACUGCUGUCACCUUAUAUGUCACCUUGUAUCGAUUUUCUUGUUCAGGGCCUGAAACUUUUUUUUUUUUUUCUGGGAGGUGGAAGAAUUAAACAUUUUUCUAUAUGUCCCUCCACAUGAGCUCAUACCUUGUAAACACGUGUCUUACUGAGGAGAGGAGCCAGGGAGACCGCCGCCUCCUUUCGCCUCGCUGUGCACAUGUCCAGUCACUGUCCUGCCGCCGGCUCAGGCUCCUGCUGUCUGUGGCCUUGGACGGUAAGGAGCUGAGCUGACCUUCCCACUGAGACGCCCUGGGGUCUAAAAGGAUCAGAACAAUUAAUUUAUUUGUGUCUUCUGUUAUGCUUGUUACCUCUUACCUGUUUUGACAAUAAAAAUCCUUAUUACUUUCUCAAA